AUGUAUGUCAAAGAAACACAAAACGAUUUUUUAAAUAUAAAGUAUGAGGAACCAGUCGAAGUUCGCUUAUUGAAACAGCAAUUAAAAAGUUUAUCCUGUGAAUGUGAUGUCUGUGCUCGUGCUAAUAAGGAUCGCCUUAUUCCUUACGACGUAGAAACAAGAACUGUAAAUGACUUCACUGAUACAGGAGUACAAGCUGAAUGUGAUAUUCCUAUUGAUUUUUAUAAUAGUCUAAAUACUUGUGAUUUUCACGUUUGUGGUUCUUGUGCUAUUGCUAUGAAUUUCCUGCAAGACAACUUUAAUAAGAUUUUAAAAGAAGAAGAAUCUGAAACUGUAACUGCUAAGAUGUCUGAUAAAUAUGUAGGAAGUACUAUAACUUAUUCAGAAAAGUCAACGAUAGUAAGCAAAUCUUCACUGAAACAAUCACACGUGACAAUUUGUGAAGAUUUGAACCACUGGUAUUUUUCUGAGGCAAAGCCGAAAAAAAAAUUGUGGAAAUGA